CAGAAAUGAAAUCAGUAUUUUCUGUGACAUCGAAGGAAUAACAACUUCGAUUUUCAUAUCGAAUUCGAGCUUCCAGCUAAAGCAACAAAAUAAAACGAGAACAAAUAUUUUUUUUUUAUAUUGCCAAAAAAAUAAAGAAGCCAACGACCAAAGUUCGAAAAAUAACGCAAAACGGCACAUUUUUUUUUUUGUAAAACAAAUCAAUGACGAUAAAUUCAGUGCAACUGAUACAAUUUUGUUUUUAAUUAAAAUUUGUUUUGUGUGUAUCUUUUUCGUGCAUCGAAAAAAAGGCGAGACAUUUUUCUCUCUACAGCUGCUUCUAUUCAAACGAUUCGAUUCGAUAAGGAGCGAAACAUAAGAAUAACCGAAUAGACAAUGGAUUGGUUUCGAAAGUUAAACAUUUUAUUGGGUAUCAGCGUAUUGCUAUUGGGUGUUAUUUUAAAUGCAAAUGGUCAAUUAGGUGAAUUCGAAGGUAUACCAUUUUGUGAAACACGACCAGGAGGAUGCUGUAAAGAUCGUACCGAUUCAUGUGCUGUUCCAAUUUCAACUACACUUUGUUAUUGUGAUGAAUUUUGUGGUUCGUUCAGCAAUGAUAAAAGUAAUCGCUGGCCAAAUGGCGAUUGUUGUCCCGAUUACGAGUCAUUUUGCUUGGGAAUUUAUCCACCACAAAACAUUACAGAAGUUGAAUGCAUGCAUAAAGGACAGUAUUUUGGACCAUCUAAUCCAAUUCGCGACAAUUGUAAUUUAUGCUCUUGCCAAAAAAGUGGGCACACAGUAUGCGAACAGAAUCUAUGUUUAAUCGACGACAGUUUGAUUAAUAAUGUAAAUUCAAUAACACGAACAUUGGGCUGGACUGCAACAAAUUAUACCGAAUUCUGGGGCCGAAAGUAUGACGAAGGCUUGGAAUUGCGUUUAGGCACAAAAGAACCAACAUACAAAGUCAAAGCAAUGACCAAAUUAACAAACAAACCUGAAUCAUUGCCACGUAAUUUCAAUGCAGUUGAGGAUGAACGUUGGUCUAGUUACAUAUCGCCAAUCCAAGACCAGGGUUGGUGCGGUGCAUCAUGGGCAAUAUCAACGGCAUCGGUUGCAUCAGACCGAUUUGGUAUUCAAACAAAAGGUAAAGAAUCGGUUGAAUUGUCACCGCAACAAUUGUUGUCUUGCGUACGAAAACAAUCGGGUUGUAAUGGCGGCCAUUUAGAUUGGGCAUGGAAUUACAUUCGUAAAAUUGGUCUUGUCGAUGAAGAUUGUUUCCCAUAUGCUGGCAAACCAAGCCAUUGCAAAGUGAAACGAACAGACACUUUAUCAUCAGCUGGUUGUCAAUUGCCGACGAAAGUGCCACGUGAUCAUUUGUACCGUGUUGGACCAGCAUAUUCAUUGAAUAACGAAAGCGAUAUCAUGACUGAAAUUCAAGAAAGUGGUCCCGUCCAAGCCACAAUGCGUGUGUACCGUGACUUCUUUGCUUACCGCGGUGGAAUUUAUCGUCGUUCAGCUGCCAGUCGGGACGAAAAAGGUGGAUUCCAUUCGGUGCGUUUGCUUGGUUGGGGUGAAGAACGAACCGGCUAUGAAACUACGAAAUUCUGGAUUGCUGCCAAUUCUUGGGGAUCAUGGUGGGGAGAAAAUGGAUAUUUCCGCAUCUUACGCGGUGUAAACGAAUGUGAAAUCGAAAGUUAUGUAUUGGCCACAUGGCCACAUGCUCAUCUUCGACCGAAAAAAUUUAAACAAUCGCUAAAAACGUCACCGAACCGACGACCAUUCAGUCGACCAUUCUACUAAAUGCGGCAAACAUCAAAACUCAGUUAAUGAAUGGCAUUCAAUCAGUUUUUAUUUUUUUUAAGUUUGUUAAAUGUUAGUAAUAAAAUUUGUGCUCAAUUUUUUUUUGCCUGGACCAGCUUCAAUUACAUAAAGUGCACAAACGAUCUAUCGAAGAGAGACAAUCGAACAUCCAAAUUCAGAAAAUUACGUUAAUUUCAUGUUAGUUCCAACCAUUGAAAUGCUGUUCAAGACACACACACACUUGUGUGUGUGCCGAUGUGCGCUUUUUUUUAUUCAUAAAUGCGAAUUUAUUUAGUUCCAGCCGCAAUGUGAAAUAUAUCGAUAAAAUGGUAUUGUUUUCAUGUAAUUAGAAUUUAGGAGAUUGCCAACAGCAAUGAAUCAUACACAUAUGUAUCUCACCAUAAUCCUUAGCUAACGUUUAAAAUUUUGAAUUUAGAUAGAGAGCCAAUACUGCCAAUAAAUAAAAAGAACUAAAACAUUUUGUACAAAAAAAAAACAUCUUUCUAUCAUAAUAUGGACACAUCUGUGAAUGUACUUAAAUUCGAUUGAGGAAAUCGUAAAUUUUAGAGUUGUCAACCAAUACAAACCAACAAAACAAAAUGUCUCUACCAGAAUUGAAUGACGAUUUUUGAGCCCAGUUUAGAUAAAUCUCAAACUCGUACCCUUUUUGUAAACUAAUCGAAUGUUUAUAUGAAGACGAGAAGUAACAUUUAUAUUGAUCAACGAAAUGUCAACUCUUUUCGGUCGAUCCAUUUUACCUGAAACAAUAUAUUAGUAAAUAUAGAGAAAAACCUAUUUUAUUUGUUUAUCAACCAACUCUGUUGAAUUUAUGAUUAUUACUAAGAUCAUUCUGAAAAAUUGAUAAAUAUCAAAUGUUGUUUGCCUUUGAAAUAAAGGGGAAAAAAAACGAUUUUUCCCUCACAUAAUAAUAAUGUAUCGAAUCGAAGAAUGAGAACAUUGAAUGGUCAAUAUUAAAUUUGAAAACGAGUUCAUCGCGAAAUUAUCAAGAUAUUUUUUGCUCUGACAUAAAUAAGACAAAAUUACUACCUUGAAAUCGAAGACGAGCGUGCGGUGCAGAUGGAACGCUCGAAGCGAAUUUCAAAUUCAAACACAACGAUUUGCAAUGUUGUGAACUAUCUAAAAUCGCUUUGUUAUCGCAUUUCAUCAUUUCGAAAAACCAGUAACUUCGUCUUAAAUCUGAUUAGAAAGUUCUUUUUGUACUUUAAUGAAGUAGAAAUCAAAAAUUGCGCCAUCGGGUGUUAAUGUGCGUGAUUUUUGUUUCGAAGCCGCUCAUAUUUGAAUCGAAUGAGAAAAAAUCAGUGAAAUUAAUGGCGGUAUUUGAUUUUGGUUUACGAAUUCGUUUCUUUUUUAUAUUACAAAAUGAACAUGUUGAUCAGCAAAAGUCAUAAAUUUUGGUGAAAUAUAUAGCUUUGCAUAAAAUCGGUUUUUUUUAAGUCAUUGUGCUUCAGUUUACUUUUUAUCGCCUGUAUUUAGACUACAUCACUGUAAAUAUAUCGAUGCCAUGAUGACGCAAAAUGCAAUAAACAACAGUCAUAUCGCAGACAUACAAUCAAACCCACUUUAUUCAAGCUCCAAACCUAUGAUUUACUCCAAAUGAUCUGCACACUUAAUUACAUAUCAAUAAAUCAAAUAAUCAGAGCUUUAUUUACUGUACGCCAAUUCGAAACGAUACAACGGCACGAGAAUUUGCGGUAAAAGAACUGUGGCGUCAGAUCGAUCUCUCUGUGAUAUCUAUAUCAUUUAUCGCUUUGCUCACCAGUUUGUUUUAUUUUGUUUUCAACUUAAAUUACUAGACUCACACAUUAUUUUAUUGCUUUUGAUCCAUUUUUUUUUCGUAAUAAAUAUAAGCAUCGGAUUGAAAGAUUGUGGGAAAAUCCAAAAAAUAAAAUAUAAAUUCAUGCGAUGAUUGAUGUUUUCAACUAAAUCAAAUUGCUUACUCUUUUCAUUCGACUAUUCGACUGAUAAAGAAAUUUUCGAUUGCUUGCAAAAUGAUGACGAAUUUUAAAAUUCUCUAGUUUUAAGCAUACUACAAGCGAACGCUUGGCGCCAUCAGCUUCAUAUCAGCUUGUGCAAAGUUUUAUUUGAUCCUGUGACUCAUAUUAGAACAAAGUAUUAUUCCAUAUUGUACGUUAAUCAGUUGAUUAGAUUAAAAUUGACUUGGCAAAUGUUUAAUAUUGUGCAACUUCCGAUUCAAAUAAAAACAAUUGUUCAC